UUUUUUAGUUUCAGUUAUCCACUAACUGUGGAUUUUGACGUUUGUUGUUAAAAUAGCGAAGCAAAAGAAAAUCGAAAAAAUUUGCCGAUAAAUUUAUUUAAAAUAAAAUUAACAAAAAAAGUUUUGCAUAAAUUGUAACCGUCUAAGAAAUAGACCCCAUACAUCCCUCCUAUACAAAAUGAGUUUUCUACUAAAAGCAGCUAAACAAUUAACCAACUCGCCUCUAACCACCACAAACACCGGCCUUAGAUGUCUAAGUACAGGACUGAAUUUUCACUUAAGUAAUACAAAUAAUAAACACAAACAACAACAACAGCAGCAACAAUUUAGAUUUAAAUCUCAACAAAAUGCCACAAAGAACAAACCAAAAACAAGUAAUGUCAUUUAUACCUUAUUUACAUUGGGUGGCAUUACAUUGGGCUAUUUGGUAUUCGAUAAUAUGGAGAAAUUAAAAAAGGUACAAAUGAAAUCAUUAGAAGCUACAAAUAAAUCAGCUGGUAGUAAGCCGACAAAUGUAGACAAUAGCGAAGAUGAUGAGAAGGUUAUUAAAACAUGGCAUUGUACACAACGUAAGGAUUUACCCACCUUUAAAUUGGAGGAAAUAAAUAAACAUAAUAGUUUGGAAAAGGGGGUCUGGGUAACGUAUGGCAUUGGGGUGUAUGAUAUCACUAAGUUUAUACCCAAUCAUCCGGGUAGUGAUAAGAUUAUGUUGGGUGCUGGCAGUGCCAUAGAUCCAUUUUGGGCUAUUUAUCAACAGCAUAAUAAUAAGGAAAUCUUAAAACUGUUGGAAUCUUUUCGUAUUGGUAAUAUAAGUCCAGAAGAUGAGGUGAGCACCGAUGAUAUGGGAUCACCCUGGGCCAUGGAACCUAAAAGACAUCCUUUAUUAAAGCCAGCCUCUGAAAGACCUUUCAACGCUGAACCUCCUUUAUCGCUAUUGGCGGAGAACUUAUACACACCCAAUGAGUUCUUUUAUGUUAGAAAUCAUUUACCAGUGCCAGUAAUUGAUAUCGAUUCUUAUGAAUUGGAAAUCGAAAUUAGCACUCCUCAAGCGGGUGCCAAGCAAGAGCAAAAGGUAUUAACUUUUGAAGAUAUAAAAGCUUUACCCAAGCACACAGUAACGGCAGCUAUAAUGUGUGGUGGUAAUAGACGUUCGGAAAUGACUAAAUUUAAAAGUGUUAAAGGUCUAUCCUGGAGUGCAGGAGCUGUGGGCAAUGCUAAAUGGUCGGGUGCACGUUUGCGUGAUGUUUUAUUAGCCAUGGGUGUAAAAUCUAAUGAAAAAUUACAUGUUAUUUUUGAAGGAGCCGAUUUAGAUCCCACUGCUAAUCCCUAUGGUGCUUCUAUACCUCUAUCAAAAGCUAUGGAUGAAAGAGGUGAUGUUAUAUUGGCCUAUGAAAUGAACGGUAAACCUUUGAAUCGUGAUCAUGGUUUUCCCAUACGUGCUAUUGUACCAGGCACUGUGGGUGCCCGUAAUGUUAAAUGGCUGACACGUAUUGAGGUGUCGGAAAAUGAGUCCAACUCGCAUUGGCAGCAGAAUGAUUAUAAAGGUUUCAGUCCUAGUACCGAUUGGGAUACCGUGGACUUUAAAAAAUCUCCUGCCAUACAAGCUAUGCCAGUGACAUCGGCUAUUUGUACUCCCACUCAUGGUGAUAAGGUUAAAGUUUCUGAGGAUGGUUUUGUAGAAGUACGUGGUUAUGCUUGGUCUGGUGGUGGUCGUCGUAUUGUACGUGUAGAUUUAACCGCUGAUCAAGGUAAAAGUUGGCAUGUAGCCACUUUGGAACAAGAAGAUGAACCUGAUGGUCGUCACUAUGGCUGGUCUUUGUGGACAAUACGCAUUCCUGUGGAUCCUAAGCAAAAGGGAAAAGAAGUAGAAAUCUGGGCAAAGGCUGUAGAUUCAGCCUACAAUGUUCAACCGGAAAAUUUUGAAAAUAUUUGGAAUUUACGUGGUGUUUUAUCGAAUGCCUAUCAUCGUGUUAAAAUUACAGUCGAUUAGGUAUAGAAAAGAAUAGAGAGUUAGGAAUGAAAAAGAGUAGGGUUUUGGAUACAGACAAAAAAAUUGGAAUGUUGUUUUUCUAAAAAACUUGUAAAAAUCAAAUGUCAGUUUAAUAAGUUAAGAACCAAAGAUGAAAUUAAAUAAUGUUUAGAGUUUUGAAUUUCUAAAUAAAAUGAAUUAAAAACUUUAAAACCUUGGAAA